GGAAUUUCCACUUCGGAGGGUUGCCAAUUGUGUGUGCCUUAUGAAUGACAGCCAAUGAGUAGUUGCAGAAGGUGAAUGUUGUAGUUAAGCUAGCAUAAAUGGUUGAAAAUGAUAAGCAAGAAGUAGUUGGAGAGGUAACCUCGAGAUCUGUGCUAGGAUAGCAGAGAUUCCGUUUGCUUCACGAAGAAGCUCAAACAUUAUUCUUUAUUUCUUUUGAAAAGAAAAGUUUUUUCCUUCCUACUGCUUUGUUUUUUCCUACCGGUACCACCAGCUGCUGCUGCUGCAGAGGGAAGUAAAAAGAAUAAUCUGAUUUUGCAAAGUAAACAAAAUGCCGUACGUCGGAGUAGCAAGUUUAGAGGGGAAUUGUAAGGCACAAGACUUCGACCUUUUUUCUCAAUUCUCAACCGUUAUAUAUUAAGCUCUCACCCAUUUUCUUCAUUGCAGUAGAGUUCACCAUUAUUCAAGGUAUACUCUUUCCCCUAUUAUUUCAACUCUCUACUACCUUUGCUUACAUUAGUGUUGAUACUCCAUUUUUCAAGGCACACCCCUCUGGCUCUGGCCAUAGAUUGUGUGUGGUGAUGCAAAUGGAUGACAUACAAAGUUGAUAUCUUAUGGCAACUUGAGUUGACUUGGCAAGUCCAGGAGCAAAUAGAUUUAAAUGAUGAAGCUACACCCAAUAAUAGAUCUACUUCCUCUUUCUCUCUUCCUAUUUUUGCUCCUCUUCCCAAAUGUUAUUGCUGACCUUAGCUCAGAUAGACAAGCACUACUUGACUUUGCUUCUGCAGUACCUCAUCUUCGAAACUUCAAGUGGAACACUAACUCUUCCAUUUGCACAUGGCAUGGCGUAAGUUGCAGCUCAGAUGGCACUCGUGUAGUUGCACUUCGGCUUCCUGGUAUUGGACUUUAUGGUCCUAUUCCAGACAAUACCAUAGGAAGACUGGAUGCACUAACAACCCUCAGCCUUCAUUCCAAUGCCCUCACUGGAAAUCUUCCUUCAGACAUCAUCUCUAUUCCGUCCCUCCAUUUCAUAUUUAUACAACAAAACAAAUUUUCUGGUGAAAUACCUUCUUCUCUAUCUCUACAGCUUAACUUCAUUGAUCUCUCUUUCAACUCCUUCUCAGGGGAAAUUCCAACAACAAUUCAAAAUCUGACACAUCUUACUGGUUUAAACCUACAAAACAACUCCCUCACAGGAUCCAUUCCUAAUGUAAACCUACCAAGGCUUAUGCAAUUGAAUAUGAGUAAUAAUGAACUCAAUGGUUCAAUUCCACCAUCCCUUGCAAAGUUUUCUGCUUCUUCAUUUCAAGGAAAUUCUCUAUUAUGUGGACAACCCUUGACUCAAUGCCCUUCUUUUGCGCCUUCACCGUCUCCAUUCCCUUCAAUUCCACCUUCUCCUUUGAGUCUAACACCACCAUCUCGUUCUCCGAGCGUCCUGCCAGCCUCACCAACAAUUCCUGAAAACCAUAAAGGCAAGAAAAGCUUGAGUACACGGGUUAUCAUUGGCAUUGUUGUAGGAGGUGUUGGAGGGAUCCUAUGUCUAGCUGUGUUGAUUUUCUUGUGUUGUAUGAAGCGAUAUUAUACUAAGAGAGGUGUACAGCAAAGAAAAGACUUUAAUGGAGGAGGAAGUCCGAAGCAAACAGAGGACUUCAGUAGUGGAGUACAAGCAGCUGAAAAGAACAAAUUGGUUUUCUUUGAGGGUUGUUCUUUCAAUUUUGACCUUGAAGAUUUGUUGAGAGCCUCAGCUGAGGUUUUGGGUAAAGGGAGCUAUGGAACAACCUACAAGGCCAUCUUGGAGGAGGGAACGACUGUUGUUGUGAAACGGCUGAAGGAAGUUGUUGUUGGGAAACGAGAGUUUGACCAACAGAUGGAGACAAUUGGCACUGUGGAUCAGCAUCGAAAUGUUGUUGCUCUUCGUGCUUAUUACUUUUCCAAAGAUGAAAAACUUCUUGUCUAUGAUCAUGUACUGGCAGGCAGUUUAUCCACUCGAAUGCAUGGCAACAAGGACUUGGGAAGAACACUGGAUUGGGAAUCUAGAUUGAGGAUUGCCCAUGGAGCUGCAAGUGGUAUUGCCCAUAUCCAUGCUGUUUCUGGUGGCAAAUUAAUUCAUGGAAAUAUCAAGUCAUCCAAUGUGCUUCUCACCCACGAUAAUAAUGGAUGCAUCUCAGAUGUUGGUCUUAUACCUUUAAUGGGUUUUCCUACUAUCCCAUCAAGGAGUGCAGGAUAUAGAGCACCCGAGGUGAUAGAGACCAAGAAAUGCACUCAGAAAUCCGAUGUUUACAGCUUUGGUGUUCUGCUUCUUGAGCUCCUUACUGGGAAAGCACCAGUGCAGCCACCUGGCCAUGAUGAGGUGGUAGACUUACCAAGAUGGGUGCAGUCUGUUGUGAGGGAGGAAUGGACUGCUGAGGUAUUUGAUGCUGAGCUCAUCAAGUUUCAAAAUAUCGAAGACGAAAUGGUGCAGAUGCUGCAGAUUGCAAUGACUUGUGUGGCAAACGUGCCUGAAACAAGGCCUGACAUGAGUCAAGUUGUCCAGAUGAUUGAAGAUAUCCAACAAAUUGAUUCUGGAAACAGGCCAUCAUCUGAAGAUAACAAGUCUAGGAGCCCAACUAGUCCAACGCCAUGAUAACUCAUGCAUUUCUUACUACUCAAUUCUAUUACCAAAUGUGUAUUUGAACGUCUUUUCUUGUUUUUAAGUAUAAUUCAGACCUUUUAGAUACUAUCAUUCUU